AUGGCGUCUACACAAGUCACAGAAGGCGGUGCCGCCCGAAUCUCACAAGCAGUGGCAACAAUCGCCCCCCAAUUCAUCGACGAUCCCGUCCUCGUAUACAUGACCAACAAUUACUCAAAAGACCAAAGAUUACCAUUACUAAACACCCUUUUCGAAUUCAUGAUUAGCGCCGCCAUCGCAAAUAAGGGCACCAUCUACGAAGCAGCGGAUUGGAAAAGCGCGACUGUGAUAGUACCGCCCGGCAAAGACGUCACCAACCCCAUGACUCUGAUAUCCUCUGGCGGACUCGGCGUCUUUGCCAAUCUCGGCAUUUCCGCCACCAUCAAAUCAUUAUACGAGUUUCCGCGCGAGAUUGGGCCGCACAAAUCUCGUGUCCUUGGCAAGCGUCCAUUUUACUACGUCUUUAUCGUCGCCACGGUGCCUGAAGGGAGAGGACGCGGGCUGGCCAGCACAAUCAUCAAGCAAGUCUUGGCCAUUGCUCAAAAGGAGCAAAGACCAGCCUGGCUAGAGGCUAGCACCGAGGGUAGCAAACAUGUUUAUGCGAAACUCGGGUUUAAAGAGGUCGGGACUGUUGUGCUCGGCAAAGGCAAGUGCGAUGCCAAGGGCCUGCCGAUGAAGGGUGGCCCGGGUAUAAGACUAUGGCCCAUGGUUUGGGAGCCGCUAAAGGAGAGCCAACAAUAG